GCGCGAACGAUGCAGCGCGGGUAGAGUUCUCAGGUUGGAAGCGAAGAAGGGCAGUUUGGUGGAGGGUGUGAGGGCUGGUCCGCCCAGAAUGAUAAAAAUGGUAUCCCACCAACCAAGCCAAUAUUAAAUUGAAUUGAAACAAAUAUAUAUUAGACUGAAGCUAAUAGUGGCAAUAUGAAUAAAGAAAACAAGGAAAAUCAAUGUUUUGGAGCACAUGAAAGCCCAGUGAAAACACCUCUGAAACAAACUGCUACCCCCAAUUGGCUUUUGGCAGAGGUCCAGCCUACUGCUUCUGACCAUCUGACAACACCACCAAAGCCCAAUGAAAGUUCUUCUGGUGAUCCAUGGACCCCGACCGCUAACCUUAAAAUGCUGAUUAGUGCAGCUAGUCCUGAGAUUAGAAAUCGAGAACAGGAAAAAAAAUGGUCAGAUAGCAAAAAUGAAAGCCUUGAGGAUCAUUUGUCAGAAGAUGAAUAUGAAAAAUCUCAACUAAGCCGUAAAGAGAAAAGCCUUGGAUUGCUGUGUCAUAAAUUCUUAGCCCGCUAUCCUAGUUAUCCCAACUUUUCUAAAAAUAAUGAAAUAUGUCUUGAUGAGGUAGCAGAAGAUCUAAAUAUUGAGCGUAGGCGUAUCUAUGACAUAAUGAAUGUAUUAGAAAGUCUUCACAUGGUGAGCCGACUUGCCAAAAACAGGUAUUCCUGGCAUGGGCGUCAUAAUCUUAAAGAAACACUGCAGGUUUUGAAAAAAGCAGCUGAGAAAAACAAGUAUUUGCAACAAAUCGAACUGGUUAAAAAAGGAAAAAAUAAACCAGAGACCGGAAAUACUGGCCAGAACUUUGAAUCGAUGCCAAAGGAUGCUAGGCCAAAUUAUCAUCCAGACUUUGUGGAGCUUCCUGGGACGGAGCUUCAAGCAGCUUCAGUAAACAGUCGUAAAGACAAGUCUUUAAGAGUGAUGAGUCAGAAAUUUGUGAUGUUGUUUCUUGUGUCAACUCCCCAACUUGUGAGCCUUGAAGUUGCUGCUAAAAGUUUGAUUGGCGAAGACCAUUUUGAAUCAUUGGAUAAAAGCAAGUUUAAAACUAAAAUUCGAAGACUAUAUGAUAUUGCUAAUGUCCUUAGUAGCCUUGAGCUCAUCGAGAAGGUUCAUAUCAGAGAAGAAAAGAGCCGCAAACCAGCAUUUAAGUGGAUAGGACCAGAUGUUUUUUCUGAUAUUAAAGAUACCCAGCCAAAACUGGAUGCAGUAUCACCUCCUAUGGAAGAUAAAUCUUGUAAAGAACAUUGUUCUAAGAAUCUCUUCCCUACUAGUAACAAACAAAAUUUCACCCGGCAUCCAUCUCUGAUAAAACUGGCAAGGAGUAAACAAAAUGAACAGAGAAAGAGUCGUUCUGCUCCAAGCAGCCCUGUCAAAAAACAUUCAGGUCCAAAUCCUUCAACUUUUCCAAACAAGAUGGCUCAACUUGCAGCAAUAUGCAAACAACAAUUAGAUGAACAAUCAAGGGAAUUUGAAAAGGUAAAAAAGAAAUUGGAACACACUUCACCUUCUGAAUCUUGUUUGAAGUCCAGCGCAGGCUUGGUGCCUUCUCAAGUUAUGUCCUCAUCCCUGACCUCCAACUCAAAGUUUCCAGCAAUACUUCCUUCUGUCCUUUCUAGUGUACCAUGUGCAGUAUAUCUGAAUCCGUCCCAAGUACAGGUAGUGACAACAUACCGUCCAAAUUACAUGGUACAUCCUGUUUCUACUAGUAAUGUGGUUGAAAUUAAGUCUCCUGUGAAAGCUAAUUUACAGGUAGCUCCUGCUGGAACCUUUACUAAAGAUAGUUCUAAUAAUUGGGGAAAAGCUGAAGAUCUGCAACUCUGGCUAACUAAGGAACCAAAUGGAACAACAGAUGACUUGAUGCCUGGGAAAUGUUUUAAAAGAUCUAAACUAUUAUUAGAAGAUAAUCCAAUUAAAAAAUGUAAGACUGAAGAGGUGGAGCUUCAAGAUUCACUGCUGGGUGAGUCUGAUAAGAAUAAAAACCACCAGGCUUCUGUAGCUUUGCAUCUAAAUCAGGAAGUCUUAAUUUCACCAGUAACGAAGCAAAAUAAACAUGUACCCACAGAAGUGGAGUUUAGAUGUGAACAGAAGAAGCAGGGAGAUGUUUUUAAAUAUGAUAAAGUCAGCAUACCACAGGAAAUGCCUCCAGGACUUGCAGCCCCUAUACCCAAGGACAUUAAAGUCUCCAGUGAAGUUGCUGUGUCCAGUAAGGAGAAAACUGAGUUGUGUGCAAUGGAAAAGAAAUCCUAUGAUUCUUCUAUUCUAAGUCGAAUUCCAGUGACAUCUAGUUUCCCUACUUUUCACAUAACACCUCUUAACCUAAUGCUACCACCACCUUCUGUAGAGACCACAACCUCAGGGAAUAGUAGUGCUGUUGCUUCAGUCCAUGUUAAUCCUUCCCAGUCUCAGAGCACCUUAGUUCUGAACAUUGUGCUACAACAGUUAGGAAUAAUGCCAGCCAAUGUACAGAAGUCUGCAGAUCACGUACAUCGAUCUGCUUUAAUAUGUCAGGGAGCAGAACAUGUUGGCCCUGUCCCAGUAAGUGUAGGAUUGCAGCAAGUGACUGUAUUGAAGAAUGCCUUACGAAGGGAUAACCGUGACUUACCUGAAGAGUUGGUUCCAACUACUACUCAGGAGACCACUGUUCCUGUGACAUUCAAAGAUUUUAAGAAAGGCAGUGAAACGCCGAGUGAGCCAGGCCUAGAUCCUGGUUUUCAUUGAUCCUCUUGUGAAUCAGAAGGAAUUUUCCAAGAGACGUUAAUUCUGAAGAGAAUUUGAUGGAUCAACUGAACACAUAUUUUCUGGAAGAAAAUAUUGCAUUCCCACCUGAAACAAAUAUAAUUGCAAUACUUUAAAAUUGUACUUUGAAAUUAUUUUUAGGCAUAGGGAUGGAUUUUUCAUGCUGGAUUUUUUUUUUUUUACUUUUAUCUAGUUUAUUGAGCUACUCUUUUUUUUUAAUGAAGGAUAUACCUCAACAUUGUAAAAUAAGUAAUUUAGAAUUCCAUUGGGUAUCUGAUUAUAAUUUUAUGAAAUAUAAAGCUUUUCUUUAUUUGUGAAUAACAAUACACAAACAGCACAUUCCAAAUACCAAGCAUAGAAUGCAAUGUUUUUAAAAGUAUAGAGGUUCUAGUUACUUUAGGUCUUAAAUGCCAUUGUAAUUCUUUGUUGUAAGGUUGGUAUCUUAAUCAUGUCAAUGUAAAUUUAAAUGCAAUAGAUAAUUUAAUGUUUAUUUAAUCUAUUUCCUUCAAAUUAAAAAUUGAAUCUGAUUUUUUAAAGUUUUCAUGAUAAAAGAUUUAAUUAUUUCAUAAUCAGUAUCUUCUGUCUUGUUUGUUGUAGUACCUCCCCAAAUUUUGUUUCUAGACACAAAGAAAAAUUGUAAUUUCAGCUUGAAAUGUCUCCCUUGGUUUGGGCCUACUCCAUGUAUAAUUGGUCAACUAUCCUUUGUGCCUUUUUCAACAUGGUUUAAGUAGUUGGAUGUCAACAGUAUGCAACAGCUUAAUGAAUUACUCCUCUGCUUUAUUUCAUGAAAUAUCUUGCAUCUUUAACUCCUGCAAAUUUUCCUUAUUCUGGAGAAAAAAACCACAGUAAUUGGUGUUUGUUAUACUACUUAUAAGAUCAACUACAGAACAAAAAGAAUGUCCUUGUAGAUUACUAUUCCGGUUCUGAUUCCUAAACAGAAAUGCCACCUGCAAUUCCUUCCCUAUUUGUAUAUUGUAUGACUUUUGUGAUACGUAUUUCUGCCUUGCUUUUAAUUCCUGCUGCCUAUCAUGAAAGUGACAUUAUAAGUUAUCUAGUUUGGUUGAAUUCCUUUACGAAGAUACAUGAUCUUGUGACCAAUGAAGUCAUUUUGAGGACAGAUGAAGUCAUUUUUGAUAUGCUGCUUUCAAUCAUUUAUAUGAUAUAUGUUGUGUGCAUGUUUGGUUAACUCAAAUAACUGCAUCUUGCACUUUCUAUCAUUUUUUUAAGUAAGUCUGCAUUUCCACUUAGGACUACAGUAUAGAUUACAUUAUUUAGGUGCUUAUCUGUUUCACUUGGGAAAAAGAUGUAUGUAAUAUUCUGGUGACUCU